AUGACUUUAAUUUGUACCCAAUCUCAUGUUAUUCAUCCAUUAGACCGUGCUUGUACAGAAAACUUUAAUAUUCCCCCACGGUCGUCUUCUGCUUCACCAGAAAAAAAGUCUUCUGAGGUUAUCUCUCGAAUGU